AUGGAUUACCUCUCAGAACUAUCUGGUCAGAUCGGAUUGAAGACGGCCGUGGCGUCUUUGUUCUGUAUAUGGCUACUGUACUGGCUGGCCAUAGGCAUAUAUAGGGUGUAUUUCCAUCCCCUGGCCAAGAUUCCUGGGCCAAAGUUGGCAGCAUUCACCUUCUGGUACGAGUUCUACUAUGAGAUCUAUCCGCAUAGGUUCCAGUACCUCUGGAAGAUCAGACAGCUACACGAAGAAUAUGGCCCUAUCAUCCGUAUCAAUCCUCUACAGGUUCAUAUCCACGAUGCAGACUAUAUGGACACCAUCUACGCGUCCGGCGCCAACCAUAAGCGUGACCGUUGUAGCUGGUCGCAUCACACCGGCUCCAAGGUUUGGGCGGGCGCCAUACUGGAAACGAUGGAUCACGAUAAGCAUAGGAUGCGACGAAAUGCUGUAUCUCCCUUCUUCAGCAAGCGUUCUGUCCAGGCUCUCGAAGGGCUCGUCGUGAAUAACAUAAAGAAGCUCCUACGUCGUUUCGAAGGUGAAAUGGAAAAGCAGGGCCCGCACGCCGGCAUUGUGAUCCUCAAUGAUGCAUACGCCGCCUUCGCUAUGGAUGUCAUUUCUGAAUACUGCUUCGGCGAGUCAAUGAAGACCUUAGACAAUGAUGACUAUGGUAAAGACUGGCUGACCAUCUUCCACGACGGAAUGCAGUUAGUGCCAUUCGCUCGCCAGUUCCCCACGAUUUUCAACUUCCUCCUCGACCUGCCGCCGCACAUAGCUGCGAAGUUGGAUGCUGGGGCGGGAAAAUUGAAUGGUUACCUUUACCAAAUACUGGGCAGAAUCGAGCGCAUAAUGAAUCGGGAAGAUGGUGUAAACGAAACAAAGGAUCUUAGGCGAACUAUAUUUCAUGACAUAAGGGAUGAUGUUGGUUGUAAACUUCCCGAGAAAGAGAAGCAUCCAGUAAGGUUGAUGGCGGAUGCAAGCGUCAUUCUCGGUGCAGGAACAGAGACAACAUCACGGACUAUGGCAGUGACUACCUACUACCUGAUCAAGAAUCCAGAGAUAGGCGAGAAACUUCGACGGGAGCUAGAGACGGUGAUGCCAACGGUGAAUCACGAGGUCUUACUCCGGCAGUUGGAAGCUUUGCCCUACCUAACCGCGGUGAUAAAUGAAGGCCUACGUUGCGCCCACGGUGUCUCUUCCCGUCAACCCCGCGUCGCUACUGGCGAAGACCUCACAUACGCGCAGUAUACGAUCCCCAGAGGAACACCCGUCACGCAAUCUCCCUACCUUCUUCACAUGGAUCCCACCAUAUAUCCCGACCCCUUCGCCUUUCGCCCAGAGCGUUGGAUCGAAAAUCCCAAACUUACGCGUUAUCUCUUCGCUUUUGGGCGCGGGAGUCGGAAUUGUUUGGGCAUGAACUUGGCGACGUCGGAGCUAUAUCUUGGUCUGGCGAUGAUUUGGAGAAAGUUUCAGUUCGAGAUCUAUGAUACCGUUGAGAGCAGAGAUGUGUUGACGACUUACGAUUGCUUUUUGGGGAUGACGGACCUGAAAAGCGAGGGCGUGAAAGUCAAGGUUGUGGCGGAGGUGGAGGUGUAA